AUGUUUAAUCUUCUGAAUGUUUAUUGUUUCACGACGCUCUUUCCAACGUCGCUCUCAGGUAAAGCGGGAGACACGGACAACAUGUCGAAGACUGAACCCUUCAACGGCCACAGUCGGCCUCUGGACAUCGUGCCCAGCACAGAGGAGAAGAUGGUCGAGAGGGGUCAAUGGGGCAACAAAAUUGAGUUUGUUCUGUCAGUAGCAGGAGAAAUCAUUGGCCUGGGGAAUGUCUGGCGUUUCCCCUACCUUUGUUAUAAGAAUGGAGGAGGUGCUUUUUUUAUUCCAUACCUCAUCUUCCUGUUUGCUUGUGGGAUCCCAGUCUUCUUUCUGGAGACGGCUCUGGGCCAGUUCACCAGCGAGGGAGGUAUCACCUGCUGGAGGAAAAUAUGUCCAUUGUUUGAAGGUGUGGGUUACGCCACCCAGGUGAUUGUCGCUCUGCUGAACAUCUACUACAUUAUUGUGUUGGCUUGGGCCAUCUUCUACCUGUCCAACUCUUUCACCUGGGAUCUGCCGUGGGCAUCCUGCAACAACUCCUGGAACACAGAUUCCUGUAUGGCAUUUCAGAGGGGGAACAGCUCCGUCAACCACCAUGAGAACACCACCUCUCCUGUCAUUGAGUUCUGGGAGAACAGAGUGCUGAGAAUUUCCUCAGGUAUUGACCACAUCGGCUCUCUAAACUGGGAUCUGGUAAUCUGUCUGGCUGUUGCGUGGGUUAUCUGUUACUUCUGCAUUUGGAAGGGAGUCAAAUCGACGGGCAAGGUGGUUUACUUUACAGCCACUUUCCCUUACUGCAUGCUCCUGGUCCUGCUGAUCAGAGGGGUCACCCUGCCAGGAGCCAUGAUCGGAAUACACUUCUACCUUUACCCUGACCUGGGACGGCUGUCGGACCCACAAGUAUGGAUGGAUGCUGGAACUCAGAUCUUCUUCUCCUAUGCCAUCUGUCUGGGAUGCCUCACAGCUCUGGGGAGCUAUAACAAGUAUAACAACAACUGCUACAGGGAUUGCCUGUGCCUCUGCUUCCUAAACAGUGGGACCAGUUUUGUUGCUGGUUUUGCCAUCUUCUCCAUACUGGGCUUCAUGUCCUUUGAGCAAAAUGUCCCCAUUUCAGAAGUGGCUGAAUCUGGUCCGGGUCUGGCCUUCAUCGCUUAUCCUCGAGCCGUGUCCAUGAUGCCGUUCUCACCUCUCUGGGCAUGCUGCUUCUUCGUCAUGAUCGUGUUUCUGGGACUCGAUAGUCAGUUUGUGUGUGUAGAGAGUCUGGUGACCGCCAUGGUGGACAUGUACCCCUCCACCUUCCGCCGUAAAAACCGCAGGGAGCUCUUCAUCUUGGCCAUCGCCGUGGUUUCCUUCCUCCUGGGACUCAUCAUGUUGACAGAGGGAGGGAUGUACGUCUUUCAGCUCUUUGACUACUAUGCAGCCAGCGGGAUGUGCCUUCUUUUUGUGGCCAUUUUUGAGACCGUUUGCAUCGCUUGGGUUUAUGGUGCUGAUCGUUUCUAUGACAACAUAGAGGACAUGAUUGGUUAUCGCCCAGGCCCUAUCAUCAAGUACUGCUGGCUUUUCUUCACCCCUGCAACAUGCUUUGGGACGUUUGCCUUUGCACUGAUUAAAUACUCCCCCUUGAAAUACAACAACGAAUAUGAGUACCCUUGGUGGGGCCAUGGGAUCGGCUGGGUCCUGGCCCUGUCCUCCAUGCUUUGCAUCCCUCUUUGGGUGGCAGCAAAACUCUACUACACCACAGGAACACUCCGAGAACGCCUUGCUCUCCUGAUCACUCCUUCCACCGACUUACCGAAGACCAAGCAGGAGCAGGAGAAGCUGCUGGCCGUCUUCGCCGCCGACGGCGACAGCCUCCAUCAGAGGGCGCCUCCCACGAAGGACGGCUACUUCCCCGUCGAUGAGAAAGAGUCUCACUGCUAGGAACUUUGAACACUGGAGUCAGAGUCUUGUGGAGGUCAAGGGUCACUUCUCAGCUUUGACAUUCCAGCCUAAACAAAGCUCUCUCUGCGAUACCUCAGAAGAGAAGGUGCUGAAACAAGCGCCGAUGCAGACUUUAAGAGUCAUCUCACCUGAAACUGCUGACU